AUGAGGGUGGUCUUCUUCACUCGACCUCGCUUCUCGCGACCGCCUCGCUGCUCGAGCGCACUCUCCACAUUCUCCAGACCGAGGCCAGCACCGCCCGCUCGGCUUUGCGCCCCUGCGAACCGCCCCGGUCUCCCCGCGUUCCCUCGGCCGACACGAGGCUCGCCCGCGACGAGUAUCCCGUCUUGGUCCUUGCUACCUCGUCGAACAGCACCGUACUCGACUGCAAGGAUGCCUGCUCGCAUCCCAAUCUGGCUCGACUGCGACCCCGGACACGACGAUGCCGUCGCCAUCCUGAUGGCUUUGCAUCUGCCCGAGAUUGACCUGCUCGGCAUCUCGACUGUCCACGGCAACGCUUCGCUUUUCAACACCUCGCGGAAUGCUGCACGAUGUCUGCUUGUCUUUGGCUCUCCCGAACAAGCGAAGCGGAUACCGGUCUAUGCUGGCGCGGAGAAGCCCCUUCUGCGAUACGUACGGCACGACAGCGAGAUUCAUGGCGAGGACGGUCUCGGCGGCGUCGAAGGCCUCCCGCCCUCCGACUCUCCUUCCGUCCUCUCGAAACUCGACGAAACGAAGGGCAGGAACGCCGUCGUCGCUUUAGCCGACGCAGCUCGUUCCCUGCCGGACGGUCAGCAGCUUACGAUUGUUGCGACGGGCUCAUUUACGAACGUUGCGCUGUUUGUAAGCUUAUAUCCGGAGUUGGUGAGGGACAAGAUUGAGAGGGUUGUUGUAAUGGGAGGCGCAGAAGGCCGAGGGAACCGCUCGCCGACAGCCGAAUUCAACGUCCUCUGCGACCCCCACGCCGCAAGCAUCCUCCUCGACGCCGAAGUUCCCGUCGUCAUGGCCCCCCUCAACAUCACGCACACCGCCAUCUUCCGCAAAGACGACAACGCCGCGUUGCUCGUCCCUCCCUCCGCCAUUCCCGACCUCGCUUCCUCAACACCCGAUGCGACCGCGCACCCCUCUCGCGCCUACACUCCUCUCCGUCACACCCUCCACACCCUCCUGAACUUCUUCGCCUCGACCUACAAGUCAGUCUUCUCCUUCGACGACGGACCACCGGUCCACGACGCACUGUGUAUCGCCUACCUCGCCCGACCUGAGAUCUUCAAAGCGAAGCGGUACCGCGUUGAUGUCGAGACGGAGGGGACGCAUACGCAGGGAACGACGGUCGUGGACUUGUAUGACUACAAGAAGGACGAGUUGGUGGAGUACAAGAAGGAUCCGGAGAGUAGGGCGAGCUGGGGACGGUUCGGCAAGAACGUGCUUGUGCUGGAGGAGCUGGACGUGCCGGAGUUCUGGAGGAUGUUCCAGCAGUGCGUGGACGAGGCGGACAAGGUCUCGCCGUUGAACAGCAAGUGA